CACCUGUCUUUGCCUCCCAAGUGCUGGGAUUAACGGCGUGUGCCACCAUGGCCCAGCUAUGAAAGAUGAUUUUUAAAAUAAGAUUUCACAUAUUGUGCUCCCAGAUUUUUAGGGAUGUACACGUAGGCUGCCAGCCAGACUGCCCUUUGCCUGAGAAUGGGGUUGGGGCUUUUUAAAGUGGGACUUUUUCUUUCAUGUUUUCUCAGAAAUGAAGACACAGCCAGGAGUGGUGGUGCAUACCUUUGAUCCCUGCACUCUGGUGAAGGCAGAGGCAGACCUUUGAGUUGAAACAAGCAAGCAAGCAAACAAAUACAACCCCAAAUAUAGAUUAAAUUCAGAGUUAACAUAUGACCACAUCCCAUCUGUUCAUUCUUUUUUGAAACACAAUGUACUCCUGACUGGUUCUGGAACUCAUUAUGUAGACCAGGUUGACCAAGACAUCAAAGCUAUCCUCUUGUCUCUGCCUCCUGAGGGCUGGGAAUAAAGGCGUGCACCACCACACUCAGCAAAAUAGAAGGGUUUUGUUUGAUAUUUUGGGGGUGGUUCUUCCGCCUACCCCAGACAAGGUUGUCUGUGGGCACAGCCCUGGCUGUCCUGGAACCUGUUCUGUAGAUUAGCUGGCCUCAAAUUCACAAGAGAUCUGCCUGCCUCCACCACUGCCACCUGGCCACCUGGCUUUUUUUUUUUUUUAAGCACUACAUUAUAAACUGGAUACAUCACCAAAAUUUGACUUUUUCUAAGUGAAUAGAUUUUAGGUGGUUUAAUUUUAAAUGUCCUGGUUUUCUACAGUGAUGUGUGUAUUAUUGGGGGCAGAGGUUAGUUUCAGGUGAUUCACAAUCUUUUUGAUAGGAGAAUUAGUGAGCACAAGUUUAUCUGAUUUAUAUUUGAUUAAGAAGCUAAAUUUCUGGAGCUGGCAAGAUGGCUCCGUAAGUAAAGGCGCCUGAUGACCUGAGUUCAAUCCCCUGGACACUCCACUCCUGUGCUGUGGCAGUUUGCAUGUGUGCACACUCCAAAUGUCUUUAUGAAGACACUUGCAUACAAAAAGCCCAUACUGUUUGCUUAUGUGAAGCUUGAUUAGCAGGUUUGGUUGUGAGUGGUCUAAUAAGCCUUUGGUGGUGUUCGGUCCUAAGUAGAAGUCAGACUCUCACCUGUCUUCUCUCUCUCUUUACAGGCCAAAUCCAACUUGCUAUUUUAUUUUAAAUCAUUGUAUUUCCAUGUUUGGUUUCCCUUUUAUGUUCUGAACAAUCUGAAAUAUCCUCUUGACAUAUUAGUUAAUAUAUAUUAAGAUGUGGGCUACAAGAAACACUGUCUCUAAAAACAAAAGAAAGCUGUUUAUGGUGUUGGGUGAGGCAUUUUGUGUAUGUAUCUAAUGUUUCUAUAAGAAUAUGACUGUCAGUUUCCCAGAUAUCGCUUCCCCCCUCUGACCUGUGGCUAAGAACGUGAGGCAAGAUGAACUUGCUGGUGGCGGUAUGGAGCAAUGAGGGUCCACACACACAGAGUUAAUUGACGCCAGCAGUCCCAAGACAAGUGUUCCAUCUUUGGUUCUGCUAUGUCAUAAUGGACUUUAUCGGAGUUGGUUUCUUCAUUGCUUAAAAUGAGGUAUUUUUUGCCGUCUGUGGAAAUUUGCCUGUAAUUCAUUUUUCUUGCUGCAGUAUUGAUAAUUAUACCAAAUUGAAAAGAUAUGAAUGAAUAUCCUAAAAAAAGAAAAAGGAAGACUUUACAUCCUUCUCGUUAUUCAGAUUCUUCUGGAAUAAACAGAAUCACAGAUGGAGUCAGUGGAAUCUUUUCUGAUCAUUGUUACAGUGUCUGCUCUAUGAGACAGCCUGACUUAAAAUACUUUGACAACAAAGAUGAUGAUUCUGAUCCUGAGACAUCAAAUGACUUGCCCAAAUUUACAGAUGGAACCAAGGCCAGAAACAGGAAUCAGAACUACCUUGUUCCCAGCCCUGUGCUUAGAAUUCUAGACCACACUGUCUUUUCCACAGAAAAGUCUGCUGAUGUGGAAAUCUGUGAUGAAGAAUGUGAUUCACCUGAGUCCGUGCCUCAGCACACUCAAGAGGAGAGCCCUAUAGAGGUUCACACUUCAGAAGAUGUCCCAAUUGCUGUAGAAGUUCAUGCCAUUUCUGAAGAUUAUGAUAUAGAGACAGAGAACAAUUCCUCCGAGAGCCUCCAAGACCAGACUGAUGAAGAACCACCAGCUAAACUCUGUAAAAUACUUGACAAGAGCCAAGCUUUGAAUGUGACUGCCCAACAGAAGUGGCCUUUACUGAGAGCCAACAGCAGUGGCCUCUACAAGUGUGAACUUUGUGAAUUCAACAGUAAAUACUUUUCUGACCUAAAGCAGCAUAUGAUCCUGAAACACAAGCGCACUGAUUCGAAUGUGUGUCGAGUGUGUAAGGAAAGCUUUUCUACCAAUAUGCUUCUCAUUGAGCAUGCCAAACUUCAUGAAGAAGACCCCUACAUCUGUAAGUACUGUGACUAUAAGACAGUGAUCUUUGAGAACCUCAGCCAGCACAUUGCGGACACCCACUUCAGCGACCACCUUUACUGGUGCGAGCAGUGUGACAUGCAGUUCUCCUCAAGCAGUGAGCUCUACCUGCACUUCCAGGAGCACAGCCGUGACGAGCAGUACCUGUGCCAGUUCUGUGAGCACGAGACAGGCGACCCCGAGGACCUGCACAGCCACGUGGUCAAUGAGCAUGCUCGAAGACUGAUAGAGCUCAGUGACAAGUGCAGCGGUGGUGGGCACGGGCAGUGCAGCCUUUUAAGCAAGAUCACCUUUGACAAAUGCAAGAACUUCUUCGUGUGUCAAGUAUGUGGAUUUCGUAGCAGACUUCACACAAACGUGAACAGACACGUUGCUAUCGAGCAUACUAAAAUCUUCCCCCACGUUUGUGAUGACUGUGGGAAGGGCUUUUCCAGCAUGUUAGAAUAUUGCAAGCAUCUAAAUUCACAUUUAUCUGAAGGGAUUUAUUUAUGCCAAUAUUGUGAAUAUUCAACAGGACAAAUUGAAGAUCUUAAAAUUCAUCUUGAUUUCAAGCAUUCAGCUGACUUGCCUCAUAAAUGCACUGACUGCCUGAUGAGGUUUGGGAAUGAAAGGGAAUUAAUCAGUCACCUUCCAGUCCAUGAGACUACCUGACUGUUACCUUUACAUAAUGUUUAUGUAAAAUAAUAUUUUUUUUAAUAUUAAAAUGGGUGAUCUGAAACAUA